GUCUGACUGUGGCUCUGGAAAUCAAAUCAGCGCUCGAUUAACUGGCCUUUCGGAACAGGAAGUGACAGAACACACGUGGGGAAAGAUUAAAGAAGCAUCGCUUGUGUGAAAUUACUGUUCUGUUUGCAGUCAUAGACAUUACCACUUUUGCGUUGGGUUAGUUAAAGUGUGAACUAGUUUCUAAAUAUCCUCCGGUCGAUAUUUAUCCACGUCGAUCGCAGUAAAUGGCGGAGUGUGUAAAUGACAGUGAUGCAGAGAGCAGAAUCAGUUACGGAGACUAUGUAGUGCUGAAGAGAGGAGAUGUCUUCAAAUCAGUGCAGGUCGAAAAUAAAAAGAAAGUGGUCUUUGAGAAGCAGUGGUUCUUCUUGGACCAUGCGGUCGGGCAGCUGUACGGGACCAGGUUUGAAAUCGAAGCCGGCGGUUCUCUCAAACUCAAAGCAGCAAAACACACAGGAGACUCUUUGGAUUCUAAGGAAGCAGGCCAGGAUAACAGGCAUAUAGUGGAUGAUGGCAGAUCUCAGAAACUGACUAGAGAUGAUAUUGAAACACUGAAAGAGCAAGGGCUAAAGGGUCAGCAUUUAUACUCUAUUGUAAAUAUUUUUGUCUAUUUUAGUCACCUGCGGUACGACACAUUGGCUCAGAUUUUGACUCUGGGUAACAUCCACGCUGGCAGUAAAAUCAUUGUUUUUGAGACCUGUGCUGGACUUGUGUUGGGCUCGGUGAUGGAGCGAAUGGGAGGUUUUGGCUCAGUGAUUCAAAUGUAUCCCGGUGGAGGCCCAACGAGAGCCGGCAUGGAGAGCUUCGGCUUUCCGUUACACUUCCAUGAGACGCUGCAUGAGUUCCCUUUAUGCAAAGUUAACGCUCUGCUGGCAGGAAGCCUGGAUCUGUCAGAGAAGGACGCAGAUUCUGAGGCCAAUGGCAGCAGGAACGGUCAAUCUGAGCCCUCUCAGGAAACCUCAGGUGUGUCUGAGGAGAAGAGCUCAGAACCUCAGAGCAUGGAGGUCAGCGUCGACCCGCAAGAAGAAAUGAGGAGAGCGGAGAGAGAAAGACUGCGAGGACAGAAGGCUCAAGAGAAAAAGGUGAAGAUGGAGGAGAAGAGGAAGAAGUUAGCUUCAGCUGCAGCUCUAUUACAGAGCAGAAAUGCAGAUGGGUUGGUGAUUGCUAGUCGCUUCGACCCCUGUCCUGUGUCAAUGGGUCUGCUGAAGUUCGUAGCUCCAUCACGACCGUUCGUAGUGUACUGCCAGUACAGAGAGCCGCUGAUUGAGUGCUACACAAAACUCAGGGAACAAGGAGGAGCAAUCAGUCUCAGAUUAACAGAUUCCUGGCUCAGGCAUUACCAGGUGUUGCCCAACCGGACUCAUCCAGUGCUGCUCAUGAGUGGAGGUGGAGGGUAUCUCCUGUCAGGAACCACGGUCGCUGCAGACGCUGCCAAAGCUAGGAAUCAGCACAAAUCAGAGGAGCCUGUUGCCAAGAGGCUGAAACUGGAUGAGAUUAGUUCUGCCUAGGCAAUUAGUUUAGUUUAACGUAUUUAAGUGAGAAGAAACCAAAUCAGUGUUGGACUCACACAUUCAGCCAGUGCUAUAUUCUCUGUAUGAUUUGCAUGACUUUAUUAUUCAGAGUCUGUUAGCUACUGUUUUUUGUUUCUUUUUGAAAAGAUUUGCAUUUAAGAGCUACAGAAAUGUUCUCAUCCUUAUUUAUUUUUUAUUUUUUUAGCAAGAUGUGGAGGAAGGAAGACGUGCUGCUUUUUCGGCAUCCUCUGCACUUGGCGAAUAACCAAGUUUUGCUUCCAAAAUGCAUCAUUGC